AUGUCAAUUGCUUCACAAUACUAUCCAAACGAACCAACUGAACCAGUUGUUAAAACUGAAACAAUCCCAGGUCCAGCUUCAAGAGCUGGUAUCGAAUCAUUAAACAAAGUUUUCGAUGCUAGACCAGUCUAUUUCAUUGCUGAUUAUGAAAAAUCAGAUGGUAAUUAUAUCGCUGAUGUUGAUGGUAAUGUUUUAUUAGAUGCCUACUGUCAAAUUGCUUCAGUUCCAUUAGGUUACAACAAUCCAGCUUUAUUAGAAGCUGCUAAAUCACCAGAAAUGAUUAGAGCAAUCAUUGAAAGACCAGCUAUUGGUAACUUCCCAGGUAAAGAUUUGGAAGGUAUUAUUAAAAAAGUUUUAAAAGCUGCUCCAAAAGGUCAAGAUCAUGUUUGGAGUGGUCUUUCAGGUGCUGAUGCAAAUGAAUUAGCUUUCAAAGCUGCAUUUAUGUGGUAUCAACAAAAAAAGAGAGGCUCAUUCAAUGCUGCUUUCACUCAAGAAGAAAAUGAAUCAACAAUGAAAAAUCAAGCCCCAGGUUCCCCAGAUUUAGCUGUUUUAUCAUUCCAAAGAGCUUUCCAUGGUCGUUUAUUUGCUUCUGCUUCAGUUACUGCUUCUAAACCAGUUCACAAAUUAGAUUUACCAUCAUUCAAAUGGCCAAAAGCUGAAUUCCCAUCAUACAAAUACCCAUUAGAAGAUCAUGUUGAAGAAAACAAAGCUGAAGAUGAACGUACUUUGAAAAUUGUUGAAGAUUUAAUCAAAACAUGGCAUAUUCCAAUCGCUGCCUUAAUCAUUGAACCAAUUCAAUCAGAAGGUGGUGAUAACCAUGCAUCAAGUGAAUUCUUCCAAGGUUUAAGAGAUAUUACUUCUAAAUAUGGUGUUGUCUUUAUUGUUGAUGAAGUUCAAACUGGUUUAGGUGCUACUGGUAAAUUAUGGGCUCAUGAACAUUUCAAUAUUACUCCUCCACCAGAUUUAGUUACAUUUUCUAAAAAAUUUCAAUCUGCUGGUUAUUUCUUCAAUGAUGAAACUUUCAUUCCAAAUGUUGCAUACCGUCAAUUCAACACUUGGUGUGGUGAUCCAGCUCGUAUGAUUAUUGCUGGUGCCAUUGCUGAAGAAGUUUUAAAACAUGAUUUAGUCUCAAAAACCAAAGAAGUUGGUGACUACUUGUAUAGUGAAUUAGAAAAAGUCGCUAAAGAAUAUCCAAAAUAUAUUCAAAACUUGAGAGGUAAAAACAGAGCUACAUUUAUUGCUUGGGAUUUAGAAGAUUCUGCUACUAGAAACACUUUAUUAUCUAAAUUAAAACUAAAUGGUGCCAAUGUUGGUGGUUGUGCUGAAGUUUCAGUCAGAUUAAGACCAUCAUUAACUUUUGAAAAGAAACAUGCUGACUUGUUGAUCAAGAUCUUAACCAAAACCCUUUCUGAAUUAUGA